AUCUCUCCACUAUUCUUAUCACUUUGCUUCAUUUCCUUUGCUUCCUUCCAUUACAAAUCAGAAAUCAUGGCUGAGCUUGCAGGCAUAUUUCUCUCCCCACUUCUCCAAGCGUUUUUUGAAAGGGUGACAUCUCGUGAAUUUGUUUACUUUUUUCGACGAGAAAAACUCGACCAAGCACUCUUGAACAAACUGAAGAUAGCUUUGCUGUCUGUGAAUGCUGUGUUUGAAGAUGCAGAGGAAAAGCAAGUGGUAAAUCCCAACGUAAAAGAAUGGCUCGAUGAGUUGAAAGAUACUAUCUAUGAUGCAGAGGACACCUUGGAUGAGAUUGAUACCGAAGUCAUGCGUUGCGAGUUGGAUGCUGAAUUUCAUACCACUACAAGCAAGGUACGAAAAGCCAUCUCUACUUCUCUUAAAGUACCAUUUGUCAAGAAAAUAGAACCAAAGAUAAAACAAGUGCUUGACAGAUUGGAGUAUCUUGUAAGUCAAAAGAACAAUAUGGGUCUAAAAGAAGGCGUUCAAGGAAAUCCAUAUGAAAGAUUGCCCACAACUUCUUUGGUUGAAGAAUCUGGUAUUUGUGGUAGAGAAGAUGAUAAGGAGAAAAUAAUUAAUUCCUUGUUCUCAGAUGAUGUAAGUGGCAAUAAGUUGUUUGUGAUUGCUAUUGUCGGUAUGGGAGGGCUCGGCAAGACCACCCUUGCUCAGCUUGUAUACAAUGACGAGAGCGUGAAGGAACAUUUUGACCUUAAAGCAUGGGCUUGUGUUUCGGAUGACUUUGACGUCUUUAAGGUAACAAAAGCAAUUCUAGAGGGAGUAGAUUCAUCCGCUAAUGGUGAUGGUAAGACUUUAAACUGGCUUCAAACUACACUAAAGGAGAGUUUGACGGGAAAGAAAUUUCUACUUGUUUUAGAUGAUGUUUGGAAUGAUAAUUAUAUUAAUUGGGAGGUCUUAAGUAAUCCCUUCAGAUUUGGAGCACAAGGGAGCAGAGUUUUGGUAACCACACGUGAAGAACGAGUAGCAUCGGUCAUGCAAACUACUUUACCUUACUAUCUGAAGGCAUUACCAGAAAAAGAAUGUUGGUCACUUUUUGUAAGACAUGCGUUUCGUGGCAGUAUCCAUCCAGAGCUAGAAGCAAUUGGAAGACAGAUCGUGGAAAAAUGCAAAGGUCUGCCUUUAGCAGUCAAGACAAUUGGAGCUCUCUUGUGGUCUAAAGUAGAUGCUGAUGAUUGGAAUAAAAUAUUAAAGAGCGAGGUGUGGGACAUGUCGACUGAAAUUAUUCCUGCUCUAAGAUUAAGUUAUAAAUAUUUGCCCUCACAUUUAAAGCGAUGCUUUGCUUAUUGUUCGAUAUUUCCAAAAGAUUAUUUUUUCACAAAAAAGAAAUUAGUCCUAUUGUGGAUGGCAGAAGGUUUCUUGAAAAAAUCUAAAGACAAAACAAUGGAGCAAGUCGGGCAUGAUUACUUCUUUGAUCUGGUAUCCAGAUCAUUAUUAUUCCAACAUUCAAGUCAUGUUUAUGAUCCUUCAAGAUUCGGAAUGCAUGAUCUUGUCAACGACUUGGCAAGAUUUGUAUCUGGGCAAUUUACCUUUAGACUGGAGGGUGGCAAUUCGCUCCAAGUUACGAACAAGACUCGUCACUUCUCAAUUGUUGAAAACCUCCCAAAGACGUUAGAGGCACUUUACAAGGCCAAGGGGUUGCGCACUUUUCUCCCAAUAAUUUUUGCUUUUCGGAAUGGAACACUCCCACAUGAUUUGUUGCCCAUGUUGAGAUUCUUACGAGUGCUUUCCUUAGUAGGGAAUAUAAAUUUUACUGAGUUGCCUGAUUCAAUUGGCAAAAUUAGACAUCUACGAUAUUUGGAUCUCUCUUUAACACGAAUUAGAAAACUACCUGAUUCUAUAUGUAAGUUGUGCAAUUUGCAAACAUUGGGAUUACAGAAUUGUCUGUAUCUUACUGCAUUGCCUAGAGAUAUGCAUAAACUCGUUAGUUUGCGUCAUCUUUUUUUAAAUGGAAGUGCCAUAACAGAGAUGCCGUUACAACUGGGUAGACUAAAAUGUCUACAGACUUUGGAUAUAUUUGUUGUCAACAAACAUUGCGGAUCAAGCAAUAUUGGGGAGUUGGGGAAGCUUGAAUAUAUUGGGGGGAAUCUCUCUAUUGAGAACCUCCAAAAUGUCAAAUCUCCUGUCUAUGCUUUGGAUGCAAGCUUGAAGGAUAAGAAGCACCUUGAGGGCUUCAGGCUGAGAUGGGACGCUACAAGUAGCAAUAUUUCAGACAGUGAUCAAAUAACUGUAUUGGAGAAUCUCCGACCCCAUACAAACUUGAAAAGUCUCAAUAUCGACAAUUAUGGUGGUAAGAGCUUUCCGAAUUGGAUCGCUCAUCAUUCGUUCUCUAAGAUAGAAUCUAUUAAUCUCUACAAUUGUAAAUAUUGCCACAUCUUGCCAUCAUUUGGACAACUACACGCUCUCGAGAGCCUCUACAUCAUUGGGUUUCAUGGAAUUGCUAGAGUGGGUAUGGAGUUCUAUGGUAGCGAUUCUUCUACGUUUAAGCCAUUCGAAGCCCUU